GGAAGGGGAGCCAACUCGACGGGCAGUCCGUUUGCUGAGCAUGGCGGCGGCAGAGACCGAAGGAAGCACGAGGCGGAAGAUGUCGCUGCGAAGUUGUGAAAUCUGCAAUACAGAAGAAGCAAAAUAUCGAUGCCCCCGUUGUAUGAAAUACUCAUGCAGUUUGGCUUGUGUGAAGAAACAUAAGACUGCAUUCAGUUGUAACGGAGUAAGAGAAAAGACAGCAUUCGUUUCCAUAAAUGAGUUCAGUGAUUUAAAUCUUCUAAGUGAUUACCGGUUUCUGGAAGAUGUGGGAAGAACGGCUGAUGGCGCUGCUCGAGACGACACUUCACAUAGACCAAAAAGCAAUAAAUUUGUGAAUUUUUUGAGAAACCGAGCUCGAAGGUACGACAUCUGCCUACGAACUUUGCCAAUUGGAUUCACAAAGAGACGAGAGAAUUCUACGUUCUUUAACAACAAGGAACAAAAGUUCUUCUGGCACUUGAAGCUUCUAUUUCCUCAUAGUCAUGCUAAAUUCACAGAAAAAAGGGUUGCAGAUGAUAAGCCACUGUAUGACAUUCUAAAGCGGUAUGUUGAUCCUCAAGAGUCUGAUCCUGUCAUUCAUCAAAGAUUAAAAACCUAUGCAAUGUCCCCUCAGUCAGACAUACGAAUUUUAAUGAAAGUGGAAAACAGACCACAAAACUCCAUCAGGUACGAAGAACUGGAUGCCAGCAAAGGCCUUCGAGACAAUUUGAAAGGGAAGGUUGUCAUAGAAUACCCAACUUUGCAUAUUGUUUUGAAGAAAUUCCAGACGGAUAUGGUGAUUCUUGGCCAGGAUGCCAGUAAAUCCAAUCAGGAAAACGCGUCUGAGGAAGAAGGGGAAAUCCAUGAUAGCUCCUGACAAAGCAAAAUCGGAUGUGGAGUUGAAGCAACUUGCUUUGCACCUGACUUGUUGAACAUAUAUUCAGCAAAUUAGUUUUGAGCAUUGCUUUUUAUUAAUAGUAUCCAAAACCUAUGGCUAUUAAAAAGCACUGCAAUCUGUUAAUGUAUGUUCUACAUUAUGUUCUAAUCUAUGUUUAUAGAUUAAGGUGCCUAGCUCUAGCUUUCUUUUGUGAAAAUCACUGAUGUAACAAUUACAAUUUUACAGGACUCUGUUGCCAAUCUUUGUACGCUUGGCUGUUUUUCCCACUUAUUGAAGUGGAAAGCUAUAAAUACUUUUAAUAAAGCACCUAACUCUCCUUUCAUCAGUACAAAUAUCUGGGUGUGGUAAAGAACAUGAAACAGAAGCAACCAACUCAUAAAAGAAACAAGUAUUUGUUGGAAUAAAUCCCUGCUUUAAUAUAUUGGUCUGGAUUGCACAUAACAUUAAGCCAAGCAACAGCUUGGGGUGAGUUUGUGGGCUCCUAGAGAAAUUGCAGCCACUUGCUCCUUCCCAGUUGUUCUGCUGCUACGCUGUGCUUAGACAUCAUUAGGCUUAACAUGUCAUCCAAAUCUGGGCUUCCAGUUUAGCUCUUUCCAAACCAAUCAUGAGCUGCACCCAAGGUUUGGUCUAUGUUCUACGGCUCAUGGUUUGUCAAGGAGAGCUAAACCACAAACUUGGGUUUGGAUAACAUACUGAGGCUUAGUGCAGUACAUCAGCAGAAUGGCCAGGGAGAAGCAAAGCUUCUCUGAUCAUCUUGAGCAUGCAUGCUCACGUGCUCAUUCUAAGCCAGUCUUUUUGUGAUGCACAAACCAGACCAUUGUUAGAAAGAAUUGUGUGAGGUUCAGCCCAAGGCACAUCUCAGUAAAAGAAUUUCAGGUAGCUUGGCAUGGCAAGGCCACUGAGCCCUUGGAAAGUGGCUGUCAAUCCAUGUAGAAGUCACAGAACUAGAUGGACUAGUUCUGAACUAGAGUGCAGGCAAGGUAAAUAUUAAGGAGAGAUUAGUGUUGAAGUUCCCUUAGUGAGUUUAUUGAAAACAAGAAAAUGAGAGAAAGCCAGGACAUCCAGGACUCAGCUACAUUUGCAAAGAAAAAACACUUUAUAUGCAUUGUUUAUGCAUUCUAACACUAUGACACAAGAUGGUGCUAUGGAGUUCCAUUUUUGCUAACCCGAUUUCUCAUACAAAGUUCGCAACCCAUUUAACUUAAAUGCUUCUUCGAUGGGUCUAGAUCCAGCCCUACUCUAACAUACUAUUGAAAGAUUUUACCACCUAGUGAGCCAAAUCUCAUGAUGCAGCAGAAGUGGAUGGAAUCUAGAGAAAUUUUGCCUCAUCAUGUGCUCAGAAGAGUACCUGUCGGGCAAGAUGCUGUUAUCAAGGACUAAACUGGCAAGAACUUACCGUAAUGUAACUGAUGACAUGGAGUCGGGUUCAAAGGUAAUUCAAACAAGCUUUUCAUAUCAGGAAGACCCUAUAUGUUGAUUGCCCUUCUUUUUACAUUGUAGCUGGUCUCUUCCUGUGCUGUGUGUAUAUGUGGUAAGUAAGGUAAGUUCACAGCCCAACUAGCUUUUAUAAGGUGGUCUACAGCGAUUUUUUUGUUUCUCUCUUGAUUUAUACAAUGCACCUGAAGGAUCAGCUGCUGUGCGCCCUCAAAAUUACACUCCAUAGUGGACUGGUGAUGACAAUUGAAAUGUGAAGUGAGAUCAGUAUCUGAAGUCAGUCUUACUUUGGCUGGGUUAUGCCCAUCAACAGCCUUAAUGGUUCAUUAAGACUUCAGUUUCUGCCCAUGAAAACUGAAACAAAUAGAUGCUUCUCAGAGGACACAUAACGCACUCCUCUUCUAAACAUGUUCCUGGAACUUUGCUUGAACCGGGCUUCAAGAAACAAAUCAUGUUGAAUUUUAUGCUCUGGGAUAAUAGGUUUGAGAAGAGGGGAUUGCAUUGUGUUAUAUAGUUUGCAUGAUGUCAGGCUUCAGGCCGUAGAUAAGCAGAACAAAGAGAAAGCACUCUCCUUACCAGUUAUAACCUUUAAUGAUUACAGCGAGAGAACAAAGAAUCCAUUCCUAGGAAUGAAGGUGCUCCCAAUUAAGGGUUACACCCACUUCCUCCCUAGUCGCCCACAUCACUACUGAAUCUUGUAACCUGAUCCCGUAACCACUGCUUUCUGUGCUGCCACCUUAUCUGCUCUUCUUCACCUUGGGCUGAGCAGAUGAACGCUUUCCAGAGACAGUGUAUCUGUUAACUCUCUAUCUCUCCCAGUGCUUCUCCUCCUAGCUGUUCCCCUUCCAGUACUUUCCAGCUUCUGCCUUCUGAACUAUGUCCCUCUGCAAGCCACUGUUCCGAAUCUAUACUGUCCUCAUGCUCCUGGGAAGAUUCAGGAUCCUGAUCAGAAGAAGGGGGAGGGGGAGGCUCCCACAAUUCCUCUCCAGUGCAGCCCUCCUCAAAAUGACACAUUAAUAGUUUAAGCUUAUAAUUAGUUAAUGACAACUGUAAUUAUUUGCAAAGGUGCAAUGUGUUCCUUGCUAAUUUGUAGUUCUGAAAUGAGCUAAUGUAUUAGAUAGAAGAGAAGCCAAACAGUAUAUGCAUUUGAAGCUGUUCAGUAUAACAUUUGGCCAUGGAUAAUCUCCUGAACUUGAAUAUUGUUAGCUGCCUAAUCCACUGGGCUGACUUUUGCCUCCACUUUUGCCUCCUUUUGUGCUAUAAGGAAGCUGUAGACAGUGGUGUGCCAUAACUGCAUCAGCCAAAUAGACCAGGUGGAUUGGGAUGGACUUCAGUUUAAAUAAGAAAACGCAACAAAAUCAAGCAGUUGAUAGAUUUUGGAUGAGUACCCUAAAAGUCUUGACAACUUGUUCAACUGCACUGCGCAAUGAUCUCCCUGGAGAAAUGGUGAGCAUCUCAUUAACUGAGUCAUUUAAAGCUAGAUUGGACAAAGCACUGGAAAAAGUGCUGCGGCAAUAGCAACUUCAGCUCAUGUGUUGGUACAUUUGCAGCUUCAAAGUACUAAAUAAACAUUAGCUCAUUGUCCUCGCAUGAAAGAGUGAGUAAGUAUUUAUUACAAUGACUUUAUUGUCUUUGUUUUACCAAAAAAAAUAAAAUCACAGGAGGUGGGGCGGUGUAGCAAACCCCGUAAUUGUUUCAGGGCACAUAGAAAAUUGGUGCAAUACCAAAGCAACAGCCAAACAAUUCAUGUGGUCUGUUUACUAGAUUAACUGCCUGUUCAGAGGACCCUAAGGAAUAGUCUAUGAGAAGCUGACUUAUACUGAGUGAGACCAACAGCCUGGCUGGCCAAGAACUCUCUGCAACUGACUGCAGAUAGCUGCCCAAGAUUUUAACUAGUAGUAUUUCCUAGUGGGGGCCGCUAGUAGGACAGGGAAGGAAGAUUGAAAUUGUGACUGCCUGAAGCGUGAAGCCUACUUCAUGAACAAGCGAAUAAAUUGAUACAGCUGUUGCUGAAAAAUACUUUUUUAUUGACAAUGAGAAAAGAAUUAAUGGUCUGAUAUGAAUUGGCUGAAAAAUUGGGUCACAAAAUUAUAUCUCACGUAACAUCUUCCUUAACCUAUAGCAUGAUCCGUUUUAUACUCGGGAGCAAACUAAUACAGUGGUACCUUGGUUCUCAAACUUAAUCUGUUCCAGAAGUCCGUUCCAAAACCAAAGCAUGCUUUCCCAUAGAAAGUAAUGCAAAAUGGAUUAAUCUGUUCCAGACUUUUAAAAACAACCUCUAAAACAGAAAUUUAACAUGAAUUUUACUAUCUAACAAGAAUACUGAGCCAUAAAAUGAAAACAAUAAACAAUAUACUGCAGUCACACAAUCAAUCAAUCAGUAGCUGAACUGGGUUCCACACAGUCACAAAAACAAAACAAAAAAAGCCACCAAAACACAAAACAAAUAGCAAAAACAGACAGACCUCAGCGUAACACUCAAAAUGGAAGUGCAGCACUCAAGUUAGAACUGUAACACUAAAAAUGGAGCACGUUCGUCUUCCGAAAAAAGUUCACAAACUGGGACACUUCUGGGGUUUGCAGUGUUUGGGUUCCAAGUUGUUUGAGUACCGAGGCAUUUGAGAACCAAGGUAUGUUACAUAUCAAUAAGGAUUGGCACUGGGGCUAGAUAUGUAUACAAUCAUGUAUGUUCACGACUAGUGAUUAAAGCUCAGGAGGCAUAGGCAGAACUUGCAGAAGGGCUAGUAGGUGGGGCUUAGUCAUAUUUUGCACAUGCCCACCCAAACAAAAUGUCUUACUAGGCUAUGAAAAAUCCACAUUUAAAGGGUGAGCCUUCCUGGCAAGUUGCCAGGUGUGACUCAGCAACCUUUUAAAACAAAAUGGAUUCGCAACACCCUGUUUGCUUUCCCAGCUUCCUGAAUGUGCACAAAGAGGCAAUUCUAAAAACACUUCUACAUGAAUCUGUAUUGCACCCUUCCAGGGAAAGGUGUGGCUGGUUGUAAGCAAUGACAGCUGCAGCAAAACAGAAGGAAAUGUGGGAAUUUAUGAGCAAUUCCUGAAGUCUGCUCUAUAGUGAACCACUAGAGAUUGAGAUGGGACCAGCGUUUGUCCGUAGACAGCUUUUCAGAGUCAUGUGGCCAGCAUGACUAAACCGCUUCUGGUGCAAUGUAACACCAUGACGGAAACCAGAGUGCACAGAAACGCUGUUUACCUUCCUGCCACAGUGGUACCUAUUAAUCUACUUGCACUGGCAUGCUUUUGAACUGCCAGAUUGGCAGGCAGGGGCAGAGCAAGGUGGGUGCAGACUGCCCUGGUGUCAUCUCCGAGGGGGGUGACAUUUGGCGCGGCUACCCUGAGUCAUUGGACCCAGGUGGCGCUGUGGUUAAACCACUGAGCCUAGGGCUUGCUGAUCAGAAGGUCGGCGGUUUGAAUCCCUGUGACGGGGUGAGUUCCCGUUGCUUGGUCCCAGCUCCUGCCAACCUAGCAGUUCGAAAGCAUGUCAAAAUGCAAGUAGAUAAAUAGGAACCGCUACAGCGGGAAGGUAAACGGCGUUUCCAUGUGCUGCUCUGGUUUGCCAGAAGCGGCUUUGUCAUGCUGGCCACAUGACCUGGAGGCUACACGCCGGCUCCCUCGGCCAAUAAUGCGAGAUGAGCGCGCAACCCCAGAGUCGAUCACGACUGGACCUAAUGGUCAGGGGUCCCUUUACCCUGAGUCAUUGGGGGAAGGCAGCAGCUCCCCCCUUCCCCCAAUGACUCAGGGUAGCCUUCCCCCUUCGUUUUGACAGGCUCGCGCUCCCGGGCUGCCCCCAGAAAAGCUCAACAACUUUGGCCAACCCUCCCCUAAAAAAAGCUCAACAACAACUGGCAAUGACAAUGGGUAGAUCACAGGCAGUCUUUUUAUACUGUGAGUAGAUCGCAGGGAGUGUGUGACAAGAAAUUUUCUGCACCGGGUACCACCUGACCUUGCUACGCCACUGUUGGCAGGAGCUGGGACAGAGCAACGGGAGCUCACCCUGUCUUGUGGAUUCAAACCACCGACCUUCUGAUCGGCAAGCCCAAGAGGCUCAGUGGUUUUGGCCACAGCGCCACUUGCAUCCCUACAUGACAAUGGUACACAGUGCUGUCUGGUGCAAUAUAUUACUACCACCACCUUCUGAAAACGACCAACAUGCCCUAGGUAUUUGGCAAGCAUAAUCACUGGAAGCUAAUUUUUCAAAUGCAAUUGGGAAUACAGUGGUACCUCAGGUUACAGGCGCUUCAGGUUACAGACUCCGCUAACCCAGAAAUAGUACCUUGGGUCAAGAACUUUACCUCAGGAUGAGAACAGAAAUCGUGCGGCAGCAGCAGGAGGCCCCAUUAGCUAAAGUGGUACCUCAGGUUAAGAACAGUUUCAGGUUAAGAACGGACCUCCAGAACAAAUUAACCCGAGGUACCACUGUAUGGAUGAAUAGGCAUGGAAAGGAUGCUUUAAAAGGCAAUACAGUAUACUCUUGAGUCUUUUUAAAUGCUCCAGAUAACUUUCAGGAAUGUUUCAGCUGCUUCCUUGUUGUAGGAAAGGUCUUCGAGAUUUAACACUUGGUGCUGCUGCCUCUGACUGGUUUUGCCUUCUUCUCUCAACUGCAUAUAAAGGCAAAAGUAAGGGAAGCUUUAGCAUCCAAAGCAUCUAAUUUCAGUUCUUCAAGCCACAUGCAAACUUAAUAAAUCCCACUAGUUGCAGUGGGAUUUGCAAGUAAUUUCAGAAAUAGAGCUUUAUUUGUGUAGCAUUCUCCUUCUGCCUCUGCUGCUUCUAAUAACAUGUAUAAGGAAUAUUAGUAUAAGAGACACUCUUUUUCAAGGCACUGAUGAAUACCAAAAUAUUUCUAGUUUAUAGAAGUCCUCAACUUGCAAGGAGAUAGACACAGAAAAAAAAUUAUAGCCAGUAAUACUACCCAAUUCAAGCUGUGUUUGCUUACAAACAGUGCAUUCUGCCCUUUUAAGUUCCAAGCUAUUUCCCGGAAAACAUUUUUUUUAAAACCCCCAAAAACAUUAAUUUGUAUUUGUGUGGUUGCUAUGGAAUUUGGGUGAACUGUAUGCAGAUGCAGAUUGUGUUAAUAAGAAAUAAAAAGAACUGUGUACUCUAGUGAACAAAGAUUAGUCUGUGUUUGUAUUAGAAUGUUGCUAUGGCAGAGCAUAUGGUUUUAUUUCGUGGACGUUUGCAGUGAAAUGGAAGGAAAUCGGAUGCAUGCAAGACAAACAAACAAGAAAUUGCAACAAUUACAGCUCCACAUACAUGCACAAGUUGAAUGGGUAGUCACAGAUUAGAAAGGUAAGAUAAUUGCCGGACAUGUUAGGUAGACUUCUUUCCUGUCAAGCUGUAUUAUUUGGUAGGAAGCCAACACUCUUACUAUCAUAGAAUUGUAGAUUUGGAAGGGAUCCCAAGGAUCGUCUAGUCCAACCCCUUGCAAUGAAGGAAUCUCUUAAUGCCUUAAACCUAAUGCUAUGUUCUUUUCUCUGUGGAGACUGUAUUGCAUAAUAAUUCUUUUUUAAAAAGGAAUCUCAAGUAGAUCAUGCAUGACAGAUGGCCAUCCAACCUCUGCUUAAAAACCUCCAAGGAAAGAGAGUCCACCACCUCUCCUAGCAGUGGCAGACCUUAGGGGCUCAAAUUUCAGCGGCGACCAACAUGUGCGACGCCAAAAUUCGGUGUCCCACUGCCUCUCGUACUUCAUUCUAAAUAAUUGCAGCAAAUAGUUGCAGCAUCCUCUGUGGUGCCCCCAAGACACAGCGUGACCAAAGUGGCCGUGCUCCCCUAAAUCCGCCUCUGCUCGUGGGAGUCUCUUCCACUGUCGAACAAUUCUUACUGUCAGAAAGUUCUUCCUGGUGUUUAGUUGGAAUCUCCUUUCUUCUAACUUGAGGCCAUUGGUUCAAGCCCUACCCUCCAGAGCAGGAGAAAACAAGCUUGCUCCAUCUUCCCUGUAGAAGGUGGCUAUCAUACUUCCUCUCAGUCUCCUCUUUUCCAGGCUAAACAUACCCAGUUUGUUCCUCAUAAGGCUUGGUUUCCAGGUCCUUGAUCAUCUUGGCUGCCCUCCUCUGCACACUUUCCAGCUUGUCAAUCUUAAAUUGUGGCACCCAGAACUGGACACGGUGUGUCUGACCGCUGUGGUCUGAUUGGCACCCCUUUUGGACGUGGAAAGGAUGACACAAAUAAGAUAGUGGGGCCAGAGAGGAAGCAGGUAUUUCUAGCUCAGAGGAAAAGCGAAGCACUCAUGUAUUGUUCUUAGGUGUGUUUUGAAAGAUAUUGAGACAAGGGGGUGAAGUUGCUGGGAGCUUGGUGGAAUUUUGGCAGGUUAGGGUACAGCCUGUGGUUUGCUUUUGGGCUUGUGUUUUUUUUGUGUUGUUUUUUUUUGUAGAUAAG